UUGGUCACACUUUCCCUGUGUCUUUUGCGUUUUCAGUGUCUCUCAAUUUCAUAAAGUCUAAAUCAAAAUAUUUGAUAGCCUACUUAGUUAGCUUCAAAUUAUAGACACUUCCAAUAAAUAAAUAAAUAUCGAUAAUAUGGCACUAAACCUACAGUACGAGGAUAUUGGCAAGGGUUUCGUUCAACAAUAUUAUGGCAUAUUUGACGACCCGGCGAACCGCGCCAAUGUGGUAAACUUUUACAGCGCAACGGAGUCCUUUAUGACUUUCGAAGGGCAUCAAAUCCAAGGAGCGCCAAAAAUACUUGAGAAAGUCCAGAGCCUGAGUUUCCAAAAGAUCACACGAGUAAUUACAACCGUUGACUCGCAGCCCACAUUUGAUGGCGGAGUUUUGAUAAAUGUGCUUGGCCGGCUACAGUGCGACGACGAUCCUCCACACGCUUUCUCUCAGGUGUUUGUGCUGAAAGCCAAUGCCGGUACCUUUUUUGUUGCUCAUGAUAUUUUCCGCCUUAAUAUACACAAUUCUGCCUAAGACAACACAACACCAACCACAACAACAAAAACAACACCAACAACAACAACGCCAACGCCACCACAGCCUAGAGCAAAAACAGCAGCCCAACACCCAAAGAUGCACUAGAGUUCGACGACAACCAACUUAAGACGACGUUGCAUAUUUUUCUCACGUCAAUAAAUCAUGAAAAAAGUCAUAUAAAAACAAAAACGAAACAAAAGAAAAAACAAACACAAUAAAAAUUUAAUUCUAACUACUUUAACAAUGUAUAAACGCGUCCAAGCUAUUUUUCAUGAUUUCCAUGUCAGCGACUAAUUGGUGCGCCUCUGUACGUUUGCAUGUGGCUCUCUGUGUGUGUGUGUGUGUGUGUGUGUGUGUGUGGGCGUGGGCGUGUGUUCAGUCUAAUUGUAAUCACCUUUAAUGCACAAUGCAGACUCAUAUACACUAAACAUAUGUAUAUUUUUUUUAUUGACAAAACAAAAAUUGCACACGAAAUUGUA